ACGCGUGUGUUGGGAACGUGAAGACCCGGGUGAUAGAGGCCGCCGUGAGGAGGAACCAUGGGGACCUCCGACGGCUCGACCGCGGAUGGAGGAUCUGGACCCCGCUUGGUACAAACCCUACGACCCAGUGAUAGAUAGGUCGCCUGAAGGUGCCUACUUCCGUCGGUGUGAUGACCGGCGAGUCCCCUACUACGAUGUGAGCCUAGGACUAGAAUCGCUCUACUUCAAUGGAAGGGACAGGGCCGGGUUCGUGGUAAAAUGGGAGAGUUACGCCCACCAUAAGAAAUUUUCGGAGAAAGAAUGGAUCGACCAUUUUAUACAACAUUCGGACCCUAAACUGGACCAGGCCAUUAGGGCAAUAUACCCGACAGAUGGGAGGUGGAAAACCUUCAACAGCAGCUUAUUGCGGACCUUCGCCUACAACGAUUUGAUCCCUACGAUAGAAGGGUUGCGCUGGGUCUCGAGAGGGGAACAGAAAAGCAUGGUAGCAUUCACUCGAAGAUUCAAACGCUUGUCGCAAGCUUUGGUAAAUAGAGGGAUGCUCUCGAAAGUAGACAGGUGUGUAAUGUUCAUGUUGCACCUACCCGAAGAAAAGAGGAGGGAGGUUCUCGAGAGGGCCCCUAGGGACUCGGCGAAUUUCGAAAGAGUCGCCGAGGUAGUCUUUACGGGAAGGGGAGUGGACGUGCGAGAGUACAUGAAGGAAAGUCUGGACAUGGCACUCCGAAGUAUGCGUACUCAAAGAAACGAUGGUCCUCGCGGGAACGAAAGGCAGCCUCCUGAGCCUCCCGGCCAACGCUGGGGAGGAGGACCCACAGUCUCCUUCUACCCCUCGAUGAAGAUAAACGUGGACAAGAGGAUUGCUCUACAAGAGGCAAGGCUAGGGAAGAAGCCUAAGGUAGGCGGRACCUCUARCUCCUCCCGCGUCCAAAUGACGGAGGCGCCGGGAGGCGUGUCCAUAAGGGAGCCGCAGGUGUCUAACAUMAARUUCGUUGAGACGAAGCCUGAAGAAGAGGGACCGUGCCUGAGAGUGAGAACUCAAAUUGGGRUCGGGCCGUCUGAGAGCAAGGGAAGCUCGAUAGUGGACRGAGGGAAGAGGAGUAGCGACGACGACCAACCAAUGGUCGACGCUAAAACCACGGAGGAAAGGAAGGGGGAAGAACCUUUGUCACCGAAAUCGCCUAGGAAGAAAGGGCCGAAGAAGUUCGAAAUGAAGUGUACCUUGGACGAGAUAGACACGGUUGCGCCGCUACGGAGGACUCUAAUGCAGCCAAUGCAAUGCACUCUUUUGGAGUAUUUGGCGGCCAGCAAGAGCGCUAGAGACGAGCUCUUGAGCAUCACCAGGAAGGAUCGAGAUGGGAAAGAGAGACCCAUGCGAUUUGAGAGUUGGGCCUUGAAUCCCGCCGAGAGGAGCUACAACCAAUUCAAGAAAGAAGUGUUGGGGGUGUUGCACUGCCUAAAGACCUUCCGCCACUACAUCUACGGGAGACGGUUCCUCCUAAGAGUGGACCAGACCGCGGUAGUCGCUGUCCUUCAAAAGGACUUCUCGCUAACCGACCCGACUAUUGCUAGGUGGAUGAUCCAUAUCAUGCUCUACGAUUACAAGGUCGAAAGGAUCUCUGGGGCCAGAGAUCAGGUUGCCGACGGGUUGUCCCGACUCCCAAUCCGAGGCGAGGAUUACCCGAGAUUGGAGGAAGCAAGGCUAGCAAUAUCCAAGGAUAAGAUAAUCCAAGUCACCGCUAACAAGGCGCAAGUAGAGGUGAUGAUCCGAGAGGAAGGCGAAGGCCCUAGGACGUUCUUCGCCAACCAUUACGACGGAAAGUACCAAGAUAAAGGGUUAUACCUAGCGGGUCGAGAAGAAGGCACCGAGGUAAUCAAGAGGGCGACGCUUGGGUAUUGCCUACGAGGAGGACACCUCUUUAAGAGACCCACCAAGUUCGCAAUCCCCAUGCGGGUGCUUUGCGAUCCGGAAGAAAGGAGGGCAGUCAUAGAAGAGUUACACGACGGCGUCGUCGGGGGGCGUAGAGGGGUAAAAAGGACUUUUGAUAAAGUUCGCAGGCUCUAUUGGUGGGAUGGGCAGUACGCGGAAGUCGAAAAGUACUGUUUAACCUGUGAAGCAUGCCAAAAGAGGGCGACCAUCCGUUACAAGGAACCCCUUGUACCAUCGCUCCCCACCGUCUCAGGCGAAAAGGUCCACAUUGAUUUAGUAAUCAUGCCCAAAGGAAUCGGCGGGCUUCAGUACAUCAUUCAUGCCCUCGAUGACCUCACGGGAUUCGUAGAAGCUAAGGUCAUUAAAAAGAAGAUGGUCGAGGAUGUGAGUGACUUUCUCCUGGAAUACAUCGCAAGGAACAAUCGCAAAGGAAUCUUGAAGCUGACGCAGAGCCACAUGUGCGUGUCGCAGCGCGCGGGGUUGCAGAAAAGGUAUUGCAGUAGUCAUAUUGGACUCACAAUGGCGCAAAACUGCAGCACGCCAAAGAUGCAAUUGGUGCGCAAGGGUAGCAGCGGAGGAUUGUCGUGAUGACGGCCGAAGAUCUGAAGAAGAACUAAUGCGCUACAAGUUUGCUGUGCAGCGGCGAACAGAACGAUCACUGCGAAAAACUCCCCGCGAUGCACGCAUUCAUCGUCUACACGAGCGCGCAGCGAUCAGCAGACAGGUCGCGACACCUCCCAGCGUUAAUCAUAUACACAAAAGCAUUUAACACUUGCCAAUGUUGAUCGAAUAUAGCAAAAACACUUGCCAGAAUAGACAGUUGACGGUGCUCACCAUAUAUAGAAGACGCUUGCCAGUUUUAAUUAAUCACAGAUAAAAGACACUUGGCAGAGUCAAUCGUUUAUACUACAAGGGUCAUCUGAACACUCGACGGAAUACACAGAUGUUUACCUUCUUCUGUACAGAAUCUUGCCGUAAUCAGGCACAACACAGCCGUAAUCAGGCACAACACAUCCAAGUAAAGCCGUGGUGUGAGUGCGCCCUAACCAAUAUCGCUCUAAGCAAUACUGCAGUCGAAGAAGAAAGAGAGGAAAGAAGGAGAGAAGAAGAGAAAGAGGAAGGGAGAGGAAGGGAAAGAAGAAAGAAAGGAGAGAAUGAAGAAGGGAAAGAAGAAGAAGCGAAUCUGCAGCUCCGGAAUU